AUGUAUCCAAUGCUUUCCUUCGACAAUCUUGAAGAAGAUGUUUUCAUGUCUCAGCCUCCUGGCUUUGUUCAUUCUCAAUUUCCUAUCUAUGUUUGCAAGCUUAACAAAUCUCUCGAUGGCUUGAAACAAGCUCCACGAGCUUGGUUUUUCACUUUCUCUAACUUCUUGCUUACCCUUGGUUUUGUUAACAGUCAUUGUGACAAUUCUCUGUUUGUUCAAGCCACUUCUGCCUUAUUAACCUAUCUUUUGGUUUAUGUAGACGAUAUUCUAAUUACUGGAAGUUCUCUUUCUCAUCUCAAGUAUCUUAUUACUCAGUUACAUUCAGCCUUUUCUCUUAAGGAAUUAGGCAAUCUCCCUUACUUUUUUGGCAUCUCUGUUACUUCUACUUCUUCUAGUUAUUUUCUGUCUCAAUCUCAAUAUGCCUCUACUCUGCUCAAGCGUGCAGGCAUGACAUAUUGCAAACCAGCUUCUUCUCCUCUCUCUGCUAAACCAACUGUCUCUUCUUCUGAUGUUCCCUUCACUAACCCUGCUGUUUAUCGCAGUCUUGUUGGUGGACUUCAAUACUUGACUAUUACUCGUCCUGAUUUGGCUUUUGCUGUUAACCAAGCCUGUCAGUAUAUGCAUAAUCCUUCUCAAGCUCACUUUGCUCUGGUUAAGCGUCUGUUACGUUUUGUUAAAGGUUCCUUACAGUGUGGUUUGACUUUUUCCUCUGGUGCAUUUGAUCUUCAUGUUUUCUCUGAUGCUGUCUGGGCUGGUAGCCCUUGUGAUAGGCGUUCUACCUUCGAUUUUUGCAUUUUUCUUGGUUCUAACUUGGUGUCUUGGGCUGCUAAGAAGCAACCCACUGUUGCUAGAUCUUCUACCGAUGCCGAAUACAGGGCUAUGGCUCUUGCAAGUGCUGAAGUUGCUUGGCUUCAAAUGCUUCUUAAAGAUAUGCAUAUCUGUCCUUCAUCAGUUCCUGUGCUUUGGUGUGAUAACUUGUCUACUCUUUCUCUUGCUGCUAAUCUAGUGUUUUACGCUCGAACAAAGCAUAUCGAAAUCAAUUAUCAUUUUGUGUGUGAAAAAGGCUCAACUAAGCAACUUCUGAUUCGUUAUGUGGCAUCCUCUGAUCAGCUUGAGGGGGACUGA